GCAAAACAAAACCAACAAUGGCGAGCAUAUCCUUAACCAAAAUCUUCAUCCUCUCAAAAUCUCUCACUAAAACCCCUCCCUCCUCCUUUAUCUCCUCCCGCAAAGUCUCUCGCGUCUCCUUCACCACUUCUGCCUCCAAAUACAACGAAGGUCGACAUGCUGCGGAUGAGGACAGAGACAGAGCAUCCGAGACUGCGGAAAGAGCCAAGGAAAAAACACAAGAAAUGAAAGAGAGAGCCAAAGGUUACGCCGAAGAAACAAAGCAAAAGACGGCUGAAACCACGAAGAGUGCUAAAGAGAAAGCAAAGGAGGCGGAAGAGAGAACCAAGGAGGCAGCGAAAGAAGGUACGGAAAGAGCUAGCCAAACGACACAUGAUGUGAAAGAGAAAGCGAAAGGAUAUACUCAUGAAACCAAGGAGAAGACCAAGGGAGCGGCCGAGAUGGCUGCGGAGAAGGCCAAGGAAGGCACAAACAAGGCCACGGAGACGGCGGAGGGUAUUGGAGAGAAGGCAAAGCAGACGCUUAAGGGGGCGUGGGAGACGACCAAGGAGACCACGCAGAAGAUUAAGGAGACUGUUGUGGGGAAAGAUGAUGAAGAUCCGGAUGAGUAUGUUACGGAUUUGAGAAAGCGUGAAGGGGAGAAUACUGAAGGGAAGAGAAUGGAUGAGGAUGUUCUGGAUUAUAGGAAGCGAGCGGGGAAGGGUGAUCAUCAUAAGAAGGACGAGCAUUGAAAAAAUUGAAAAUUCAAUGCUUGCUUAUAGUCCUUUCUUUUUCCUGUUGAGUACUUGAAAUCAAAUAAAUCAUCAGACGUGGUGAUUCGAUCUUAAUUUUCUGCAGCUUUGUAAUGUACAAUUUCCUAAUUAAUAACCCUGUCCCCCUCCCAUUUCGUAGUGAAAUUGCUUCUGGUGU